AUGCGUCGACCCGAAACCUUGAAGAUUGAUAUCUCAAUGUACAAGGGAACCGAUGCAUAUUCCCUUUUGAGAUGGUUCGUCGAGUUAGACGAUGCCAUCAGGGCCCGUCACAUCGAGGGUGACGAGAUGCAAGUCACCUUUGCCCUGUCAAAUUUGACGGAACGAGCAAAGACUUGGGCCUUAGGGCUCAAUCGUCACGACCCAAACGUGUUUGAGUCGUUGGAGAUCUUGAGGUCUCGGCUCAAAGAAACGUUUGAGCCGCCGAGAGCCGAGUUCAAAGCAUUCUCUGCAAUCUUGAGGCUAAAGCAAGUUAAGCGUGAUUUGCACGCCUACGCACGGCACCUGCGCUACCUUGCAAGUAGCGUUACAGAGAACCCUGUUGAUGAGCACACGCUCAUCAACGUGUUCAUCUACGGCCUUGUGGAUGGGACGGUGAAGACCUACAUGUUCCAAGAGGAAUUCCAUACGCUGGAAAGGGCGAUAGCGUAUGCGGAACAAGAAGACUUCAGCCUGAGACAGUCUCAGGCUAACUAG